GGCCACAUGGCAGUUUCAGAAAUUAGAGCAAAACUUAAGCUGAAUCUGCCAACAAAAGUACCCAAGUCCCACAGCAAGAGGGACAAAGACAGACCAGGAUCUCCUCAAUGCCAAUCACAACACAAAGAAAAGAAGUUAAGCGCUUCACAAAUGGAAGCCUUCCGAGACGCCUACGCCUUCUUCAGCAAGGACAAGAUGGGCUGUAUCGACCUGCGUGGCAUGACGUGCACCUUGGCCAAGCUGGGGCUCAGGCUCCCCCGGCACCACAUCUGCAAUGAGCUGAAACGCGCAGAUGCGGACGGAGAUGGAAAGGUGAACUUCUCAGACUUCAUCAAGGUGCUGACAGACAAGAGCCGCUUCCUCAAGGCUGUGGUUCCAGCAAGGGGGUUCUGUUUCAACUCAGGAGGCAACCCCGGGAUCCUGCUGUUUGAAAUCCUGUCGACGCUUGUGGAGACUUCAGCCCUGUCCAGAAAGGCCACCGUGGAAAUCGUGAGCUAUUUCCAAAGAAAAUUCCAGCAGGCCUGCACAGAGCUGCUGGGUAGUCCCUAUGCCAUGGAUUAUGGAAGGAGAUUUCCACGUGACAUCUGUACACCACCAGGCUCAAGCAUGGCUGCCUUUGCACUUGCCACCCAGGCUGCCAUCAUGCAGGAGAAGGACUUACUGAACUUUCUCGAAGAACUCAAGCGAUGCGGUCCUGAUGUAGGCAGCCCUUAUUCCAAAAUCCCCGUCUUCCCACUGUUCCCCAACAUGGACGGCGUGGUCCUGGGGAAGCCUUCCAAGGACACACAGAGAUGGGAAGCGCUCUGGAGAAGGGAGCCUGUGAACUUCUUCGAAGACUAUUUUUUCCACAAAAGAGACUGGAAAACACAGGCAGCACACGUGAAGGCUGUGAACCCGACCUUUGGCUACUCAAAUGAUAUCUUCGCCAUCGACCAGUUGCUCAAGAAGAGGACUUGCCCAGCGGCCGGCAUGACAACCAUCAAGCAGCACGUGAAAAGAGCUACAGAUGCCUAUAAUUUAGGAAUGGCCCUGGAGCACCGGAAGGAAAUGCUGACACUCUGGCAGAAGAUCCGAGGGGACCUCGUUGGGACAGACACGAACAACAAGUCCUUCUAUGACACCUUCUCCACUUACACGUGGUCCUGGAAUGUUUGCCAGGAGUUGCUUUCUGCUAAGGACUUGUGGUUACACGAUGCCGGCGUGAACAGGAAUUCCUCCCACCGCUCCCGGCUGUCUUCUUUCUCCUCAUACGUCAGCAAAUGUGACACAGAUUCAGGACGGAAGGGAAUACGGAAAGGUCCCAAGGGGUUUCCACAGUGA